UAAUUUAUUUUGGUUUUGCCUAGAUCAGCGCCACAUUUAUGUUGCUGACUGAAUUGAUGACAACCCGUAGCAUACUGGCAAGGUCACGUCCCCCCCUCCCGAUGCAAUUCGACAGAAAGGAAAAAAUCUGCCAGUGCCGCCGCUGUCUCGUCAUUUAUUAGGCUACCUGACGAGGAGCGGAUAGCAAACAGCCACGCGACGCCGUUUAUUCGCGAACGCAGCUCAUUUGUAGUCCUUACACGCCGCCCGGAGACGUGCGCUCGCGCUUAACGCUUUUACCUUUCUUUUACACGAAUGUCUUUGUCCAUAUUAUAAUCCGACUGACAGAAAUGACUUUUCACCGAGGGGGUAGCUAAUUUAUGUAUUUUUUUCGUUGUUGGUACAACCGUUCGAACCCUUUUCUCUCACACAGCAACACGGGGACGGAUAUCUGAAUCAAGCCAAUUUGUUCUCAAAAUCUUUUUUUUUUUUUUUUUUGGUCUUGGAAACACGUAGACAUGCAACAAAUACAAACCCGUACGGAAGCCCUGCAUGAGCGGAUGCGCCGGGAAAGGGGUGCUCUAAGCUUUUUUUUUUUUUUUUAAACCGGGGUUUUUAAAAAUUAAUUUAAGAGGGGUUUGACUUGGAUAAUGUAUUUGUUUGCUGGCGAGUUUUCGUGGCGCUGUGAUUCGGAGCUAUUAAUUUCAGAGGUGAUCCAUGCUUCAUUAUUUACACCAGUACCACCAUGUCCCCAGCAUCCGCGGCGCCGACCAGCGAAAGCAGCACCACCACGGUUCCCGAGGAAGACGCCGAAAGCCCCCGCGAGGAGCAGCGGCCGCUGAAGCAGUCCCUCAGCAAGUCGCUGUGCCGCGAGACGCACUGGAAAUGCCUGCUGCUCUCCCUGCUGAUGUACGGCUGCGUGGGGGUCAUGACCUGGUGCCACGUCACCAAGGUGACGCGUCUGACCUUCGACAGCGCCUACAAGGGCAAGUCCAUGAUGUACCACGACAGCCCCUGCUCCAACGGCUACAUCUACAUCCCGCUGGCCUUCCUGCUCAUGCUCUACGUGGUCUACCUGGUGGAGUGCUGGCACUGCUACACCCGCAGCGAGCUGCAGUACAAGGUGGACGUGGAGAGCGUGUCUGAGCGCGUGCAGAGGAUGCAGCUGGCCACGCCCUGCAUCUGGUGGAAGGCCAUCAGCUACCACUACGUGCGCCGCACCCGGCAGGUCACCCGCUACCGCAACGGCGACGCCUACACCACCACGCAGGUGUACCACGAGCGGGUGAACACGCACGUGGCCGAGGCCGAGUUCGACUACGGGAACUGCGGGGUGAAGGACAUCUCCAAGCGGCUGCUGGGCCUGGAGCGCUUCGCCGUCACCAAGCUGCGCUUCACCAAGUGCUUCAGCUUCGCCAACGUGGAGUCGGAGAACUCGUACCUGACGCAGCGCGCGCGCUUCUUCACCGAGAACGAGGGGCUGGACGACUACAUGGAGGCGCGCGAGGGCAUGCACCUGAAGAACGUGGACUUCAAGGAGUACAUGAUGGCGUUCUCGGACCCGGCGCACCUGCCGUGGUACGCCUCGCACUACGCCUUCUGGGCGGCGGCGCUGCUGACGCUGUCCUGGCCGCUGCGCGCGCUGACGGAGUACCGCACCGCGUACGUGCACUACCACGUGGAGAAGCUGUUCGGCUUCGACUACGCGCCCGUCACGCCGUCCGACGAGCGGCCGCCGUUCUGCCGCCACAUCCCGCGCGUCAACACCAUCGACAGCACCGAGCUGGAGUGGCACAUCCGGUCCAACCAGCAGCUGGUGCCCAGCUACUCGGAGGCGGUUCUGAUGGACCUGGCGCAGCUGUCGGGCUGCGGCGGGUACGCGCUGGGCGGGUACAGCGGCGGGGGCAGCGGCGGGUACCGGCAGAACUGCGAGCGCUGCCACCGCGCCAUCAGCAGCUCGUCCAUCUUCUCGCGCAGCGCGCUGAGCAUCUGCAACGCGGCCAGCCCGCGCCUGCCCUUCAGCGCCAGCCGCUUCUCGCUGGGCCGGCUCUACGGCUCGCGCCGGAGCUGCCUGUGGAGGAGCCACAGCGGCGGCAGCCUCGCCGAGGGCGACAGCGCCGCAUGCGCCACCGAGAGCACCCGCUGCCUGUCCGGCCCGCUGUCCACCAGCGCCACCGCCACCGCAGCCAGCGCCACCGCCGCCGUCGCCAACGGCGACACCACGCCCCCGCCCCCGCCGCCCUAUCAGGACGCCCUCUACUUCCCCGUGCUGAUCGUGCACCGCAACGAGGGCUGCCUGAACCACAACCACCGCUCGCUGCACCGCAACGGGUCCUGCGUGGAGACCUCGCUAUGACCCGCCGCCGCGAUCGCCACGCCGACCGCGCGCGGGACGUGAACGCGGAGGUGCGGACGCUCUGGGGACCCAAACAUGCGGGAGUACAGCCCGAAGACUGGAGCGGAUUAUCGCUGACUAACGCAGACGAGCUCGCCCUCUCUUACCUGUGUGGCUGCAGGUCAGGUGUGACCGCACACCUGGGGAAACUCUCUGAGCUCCGCCUCCUUCCACAUCCUACCGGUUUCUUCCAGUCGUAUUUUUAAUAGCGAGUCGGUAAAACGGUAAAACUUCUUUCUUUUAUAUAUUGCAGCAUGUUAUAUUAUAUUGAAUUAUAAUCAAUUAUAUGACACGGUGAAGUGGUUUUGAGGGGACGGUGCCUGUUGCUGGUUUGCGGUGUGACUGCUGGGCUUCUGGUGGCAGUUCUGUGGUCGUUGACCACCGUGACACUCUGGAAGAACUCGUGGCAAUAACUCAGACACCAUUUUGUCCUCUCAGAGGUUCAUUUGUCAGUUUCUGAAUUGUUUUUUUUUUCAGAUUUCGCAGGACAAAUCAUGGGCUGAUUCAUUCAAAAAAUCUUUUUCUGUUUGGAUAGAAGACAAAUAAUAUUUAUAAUUUAUAUAACAAAAUGUUUUUUUUACCUUUUAUAAUUAUUUAUUAUAACUUAUACCUAACAUUUUUCACCUGUUCCAUUUGAGAGAAUGAAAUAUUGAAGGUUUUUUUUAGUGAACUGGUUAUUCUCGAAUGCUGUUUGUUCCGUGUGAGGGUGACAGUCAUAGGCGUAAUCUCCGGGGGCAACGGGUGCUUUCUGACACGUUCGCAUUUGAUGGAACGGGUCGUUCUGUGCGAGAUUCCCCCUGACAGGCGUGUGACCAGAUAUGGCACAUCACAGUGCCGCCCCAGCCAAUCAGCAGCCUUCGAGCAGGUGAAAGAAUCAGCCAGGCCCAAAAGCCUAUGGGAUAUUUACUCUCUGUAUGUUUAAUAUUUAAUCCUCAUUCAAACAUCGUUUCCUCUGUGCAUUUGAGAGCGCGUGUCCUUAUAAAUGUGUAAAAUGUGACAGACGCGACACCAGUGGCACAGACUAAAGAACGCAGUAUUUCCCAAAAGGCUGAUGAUCGCUAAAUGGAUACAUUCCCGUAAAAUAAUUCCCAUAGCAUUCAGACGUUAAAGUAAUAUGGUGUGAUCAGUUUUGUUCAGGGCUGACAAGGCCGCAGAUCGAGGGGCAGAAGAUGGCACAUCUUAGCGUUGCUCUUUCAGUGCAGCGGUACUUUGAAGAUGCGUGUCCAUUUAAAUGUUUUAAGCACACACAAGAAGAGUCAUUAAAACAGGCAGACUAGCAUCUCCCGCUCCUCCUGCGUUGCUAUUUAUAGCGCCUUCGUCAGUAAAUGAAUAAUUUAGCGAAGGAUGCCAAAGGAAGGCGAGCUUCAAACAGACUCUGAGCGGCGAAGCCCUGAGAGCUCGCGGUGUGCUCCUCGCGCAGGGCGAGCUCCAGGCAAGGCUGGCUUCAGGUGAAAACACCGCCUUCCUCUCCCUUAAAGGUUAGGGGGCGUACUAUUACAGAAAACUGUCUGCGUAUGGAAGCAUCCAUCAAUCAUUAGGGCAUCUAACAGGCCUCAUGUGUGUAAUUCUUAUAAAUGCUUCUACAUAGAUGUUCAGUACAUUUCAUAGAGCAGAUCCUAGUGGAUCACUGAAUGUUGCUGAAGGGAUCCAGUAGAAUGUGGCUGAAGAGAUAUCUGAUAUUUUAUGAAUUUGCCAUUUCUUGAUCAUAUUAGUAUCUACGGCUAGAAUAUAAUCUGUGUAACAUGUGUAACUGGAGCUGAGUUUUACAUUCCAAAUCUGCAGUUUAGGAAAUUCCCUCACUGUUAUCUUAUACUGACACAAACUGCCCCUCAGAAACCUGUUUCUUUCAGAGUGAGAUCACAGUUACAGUAGCCCUCACUGCCCAAAGCGACUCUUCUCACAUCAGUCUGACUUCUACACGAUCCUACAGUUUAGCCCCAAGCGCUACCUCGUCAUCCUUCAGUGGUUGAAGUUACUGAGGAGAGUUAUUUAAUUAAAUACAUGUUCAGCCUCUAAAUGGUUAAACAGAGCUCUAAAGUGGAUUAUCUUUUAUUAAUUAGAUUAUCUCAAAUUUUAGGAAGUAGUUGAUUGGUCUUAUGCAGCCUUAAUGAAGCAAUAUUUAAGAAUGUUUAAAAAAAAAAAAGAAAGUAAACCGUAAAUGUAAAAUGUAAAAACUGCCCUCUGAGUCUGCUAAACAGAGAUACUGAUUGUCCUAAAAAUGGAUGAAGAUCAUUUUUCUAUCCAGGCCAAAACCGGAUCACUUACAUCCAGAAUAAACUGCAGAACCCGUCUAUUUUUACCUGGGGCGAAAAACCCAGCGCUCAGACAGCCAGGAAGAAAGCAGCAGAAGGUGUGAGACAGCCUCUGUGAGAGAACAGAAUUGAGAGGCGGACAAUAAGCGGAUCUUUCAGGCCUACCUUCCUUUUCCAAAGUCUGACCAAAAACAGUCCCGUUACCUGCAGUCUAUUUAUAGCCUCUGUCAGAACCCUGGCCAUGCAGAGAGGUUCACUCUGGAGCAGAAACAGCUCGUAUGUUUACCCGACGUCCACAGUGCUGCCACCAGCAGAAACAUGGGAACAGUGUGGUGGCACAGAAUCGUUCUCAAAAGAUGAGAAAAGCAAAAAAAAAGUUUUUUUUCUCAGCCUUAUGAAUCUGCCGUAAGAGUACAUCUAUCAAAUAUUCAGAGUUACAGUAGGUAAGCAUUUCACCUUCAUAUGUACCGCCAAAACUCUCUAUAAGCUCUAUAUAUCCACACAGUAGCUCCAGAACCUAUGCUCAGGAACUCAGUCUUUGUACAUGUAAACUCAAUGUCCUUUGUUUUUUGUUUUUUUAAACAUAAUGACGGCAGUACUGCUGAUUGUCUUCACCUUCACUCGCCCGCUCGUUUCUGUGUCCGACGGCCACGUCUGUACUGUUGCGCGUUCGCAUUUCCGCCAACGUCUCGAGUACAAGAUAAAAAGCUAAAAUGCCAUUGAGCGCAACACUACGCAACGCAGUGCAAUGUAAAUACCACGUAACGUAACACAACAUAGAGCACACAACGCACACACCAGAAAGCAACACAACCCGAUACAGCACAGCACAACACACGCACCCCACAACGGCACAUAUCGCAGGCUGUACCUCCACUGAUCCACAUUCCUCUUCACGACAACGAGCAGAUGUACUGCUGUCAGUGUCGCGUCUCUCUGCUAAUAACAAGCACCGUUUUUUGUUUUUUUUGUUAAAAUACUUAAAUCUAAGACAAGGUUUAUAAAAAUGAAAGCUGAGCAUCUGUCGACGGCUCGCGUCUCGUAUGAGAGACGGGCGGAAGCUUCUCGGCCUUUUUACGGCGCGGUUUUCUCUGCAUGUGGUACGUGCAUCUAUGCAAGACCCGCAAGAGCCCGGAGGCGUCCAGCCACCGCUCUGGAUGUGGGGUCUGCAGAACCCCAGGUCUGCAGGGUGCUACACGACCGUGCCGGGUCCAGGGGCGCUGGAUGUGCUCUCUAACUCCUGCAGAACCCCAGGUCUGCAGGGUGCUACACGAUUGUGCCGGUUUCCAGGGAAGUUUUUAGCCCAAUCGGACGAAUCCUGCAGCAGGUGAGACAGCAGAGAGUCUCCACAGCAAACAGGCUGUCACUGCAGCAGCUCAGUGCAGACCAGGCCUAGGAGCCCUAACUCAAUGUGUGAGGACCAUGUGUCCAGGUUGAACUGAAUCUGGGCCAAAGACACGCUACACACAAAAUAAAAAUCUGAAACCUUUUUUAAAAAAACAAAAUCAUGACUUUUACAUCACAAAUGACUGUUACCAUCAUUCCCUUUAGUUCUGAACAGCCGCCUAUAUUUGAAACAUUUGAAAAUGUAAAGAAAAGCAGGGCGGGUUUGGUGUAUCCUGUUGGUUAGAGAGGUUCAGGUAUUCAUAUUUUUAUGAAGUUUGCCAGCUUGUGGGUGAAGGGAGGCGGAGGAUUACUUUUCUACUGUAAAUACUGCGACGGGGAUGUCAGUGUGUUCUCGUGUGCCGUUGAAUGUGUCACCCGUAAAAUAAAGCAUAAACCGUGUCUGAUAAAAAGGCCAUGUUGGUUUGUCGGAGUUCAAGUCAUUAAUGUAUAUCUGGAGCUCUGGUGCAGAACAGUUGCAAAAAAUAAAAAAUAAAAUAACUUAUUGUAUAUACACAGAUCAUUCAGAGCUCAUGUACAUUUGGAGCUGUUUAUCCUGAAAUCCAUCUACAGACUGGCAGAGCACUUUUUUAAUUUAAAUUUUACAAGAAUCAUUGUAGUUAUAUUGUUUUCCUACGCAUAAACAUUUUAUUCUUAUUUGUUGUAGCAACAAACCAGGAAAGUUCAGGUAUGACACAAGCUGUAUAGUAAUAACCAAACACAGCGCACAAUGCUAUCACAAACAGAGUGCAAUGAUAUCACAACUACAGAGUGCAAUGAUAUCACAAACACAGCGUGAAAUGCUAUCACAAACACAGCGUGCAAUGGUAUCACAAGCACAGCCUGCAAUGAUAUCACAGUGUGCAAUGCUAUCACAAGCACAGCGUGCAAUGCUAUCACAGUGUGCAAUGAUAUCACAACUACAGAGUGCAAUGAUAUUACAAACACAGCGUGCAAUGAUAUCACUAACACACCAUGCAAUGAUAUCACAAACACAGUGUGCAGUGAUAUCACAAGCACAGCUAAUGGACUGCACACUGUGUUUAUGAUAUCAUAAUGCUGACACUCAUCCACCUGUCUGUAUGCUGGAAAAUGGAGAACAAACAGCCUUUUCAGGCACAGGAUUGCUGAGGCAGCUACUGCGGUGUGUUCUGAGUGAAGAUGGUCUGACUUUGCGUUAACAUAACCACAGCAAUCAUAAUCUUACAUAAAAUCCACCGAUCUAAUCCACAUCAGAUCAGACAACACUGAAGUGUUAUUUAAUUCUGAUAUCAUACACAAAAAGCUCUGCUCUGCCACUUAUUUCUCUAGUGUGUUUUUUUCUGGUGUCUGAUUGGUCAUCUUUGAACAGUCUUGACAGAAGAAAAGAACUGUUUGGAUAAGAUAUUUCACUAGCUUGGUGUGAACUCAUUUCUCGAUACUAAAUGUGUAAGACUGAUAUAAAGAGAAAGUCUGUAUGUACAUUAACACUUACCACAAUGCUGCCUUUGUGUCACCCAUAUUCACUGCAAAGUCUGCAAACCAAACCUGCGUAUCGGAGCUGCAGGAGGGUAACUGAAUAAAAAUUUUGUGUUUUGAAAUAAAAAGGACUUUGACUG